GCACCUAGGCGCGACCUCGGCGAGUGGCGUCUGUACCAUGGCGGUCCCUUUCCUGCUUCGGGGAGGACGAAUCCGGGAGCUGAAGGCUGUGUUCUUGGAGGCAAGGGUGUUCCGAGAACUGUCUUCUUCCGUGCUCCUCUCUACAGAGUCAGGGAAGAGUGAAAAGGGAAUACAGCCAAAUCCCAAGAAGCAAAGUGAGCCAAAAGAUGUGGUGGGAGCAGAGAGGGGCAAGCUCCUAACCACCCACACAGCAGCGGCACUGUCCAAAAGCACAUCUCCACGCAGUUCUUACCCAUCAGUGGAGAACACGGGUGGGGCUGUAGCCGGCCCACACCCUGGUGGCAGCCUGCCGCUCACAGAUGAAGGGCUUCAGAAGCGUUUGUCAAGAAAGACUUUGGUAGAGUUUCCUCAGAAAGUUCCAUCUCCACCCCAAGUACAGGGUUAUGUAUCAAAGGCUCAGCAGCAUUCGCAGAAGGUGACAGAUGGUUCAUCCUCAUCUUCCUCUUCCGGAUCCUCAGAUUCAGACUCUGAAGGGGAGGGACAUGACUCAAACAUUGAUCCCCAAGUGUCGAGCAAAGGCAAGGCAGGGUUUUACAAACCAGAGGCCUCCAGUCCCAGAGUCCCUAAAAUCACAGUACCUGCAAAAGAGAAAGCCAAGGCACAAAAGCCGCUCACAGAUGUCACCUACCCAGAGCAGUCCCAGCAGCCAAAGAAGAAAGGGACUGUCACCAAGCCUGUAGAGGAGAGCAAAGAAACCAGAUCCAAGCCCAUGACAUCCAGAUCACAGUCCAGUGAGAUUUUGGAGACAAACUCAAAGGAAGAGCACCCACAGAGGAAACCAAGGCUGAGUAAGACAAGAAAGGAAAGCCCAAAGCCGUUUGAAGCUGAAGGAGUCUUACCUGUAGACACAAAGGCCAGGUCAUCUGCACGGCUUGCUGGUAACUCAGCACCCACAAUGAAAACACAGAAGACCUGUUCAGGAGAACAGCUGCCAGCCGCCACACCCCAGGCCCAAGCCAGACAAUUGGGACCAAAAGAGCCAGAGCCCGAAUGGAAAGCAACUUCUCCCCAGGUCCUGAUUGGAAAAGAAAGCCUAGAGAAGCAGGUGCCAGAAGGAUGCUCAGAGGCCAAGGAGGAGACCUCGGAAGAUCAGAAACUAGUGAGAUAUUCGAAGACAGUUCCUGUUGAGAAGAAAGAUACCCUUGAAGAGGGAGCACAGCCGGAGGGGAGGCUCCAGGCCGCAGUUGAUGAAGCCCCGCCCACUGAUGCAGGCCCACCCCAGGAAGCCCCAGAAGACACACAGGAGCACAUGCUGGCCCCAGAGCCGACGGACACCACCACCUACAAGAACCUGCAGCAUCAUGACUACAACAUAUAUACCUUCUUAGACCUGAACCUGGACCUCUCCAAGUUCAGGAUGCCGCAGCCCUCUUCAGGACGAGAGUCACCUCGGCACUGAGCUCAGCUCAUUGUGGUCCCAUGAAUUCAUUGCCCAUGAGAAUAAAGAGUUCCAAAGUGAA